AUGUGCCAAAUUCUACAAGAUCGAGAAGACCAACAAGAAGAAGAUCGAAUCACGAAGGCGCUGUUGGACCUGCCAGGAAGAAGGCUGCUAGACGAAGGAUACACCAUCCGACAGAUUCAGCAAAAAGCACGAGCGCUGAAUCGACAAUUCAAGGACGACGAGUACAAACUCGAAGGUCGCCGCAUCGGGCAAUCAUACCUUGACAAGGGAACUACUCCAGUCAAGCUCAAAGAAAACGCAACCGCUCAGCUAAAGGACGUAAUCGAUGCACGCAACAGGAGGAGAGUCCAAGACCUCCCAAUCCCGGAGACGCUUUACUCGGCAAAGUUCAAGACAUUGGGGAUUCUGGAAAUAGCAACAGAACACGACAAGAAGGAAGCCAAGUCAAAGAAGCCAUCGGCGCCUCCGCAGUCGAGAAGGCCAGAAUCAGCCAAACGUCCAGAAGCGCGAAGGAAGGAGCUCGAUCGAGGAUCCUCAAGGACUUCCGCUACAAGCGAACGAUCGAGCAACCUUAAUCGGGAACGAUCGGACCCACGCGUCAGGAGUCAGAAGGCAACCACGGACACUUCUCCAAGCAAGACCUAUUCGGAACGGUCUUGGAUGAAGCCACAGCGCAAACCCUCAGACAGCGCAAAUUGGCGCACCCAGGCAUAUCAGGAGCUGCAAAGGCAGACGAAUCGCGGACCACUGUCGCUACGCCUACUCAAGCCUCGACCACACCACCGUCCUUACUUGCUCAAACAAGAAGGAAAGGAAUCUAUAAAGGAACGCUUGUCGAGGCCCAAACCUCUCCUCAACUUCCCCACCAAACCUUUCCCCUACUUGGAUAUGUCUUCCUCUUCGCUCCUCCCUCUCCUCAACGGCACCCGCCACCUGUCCCCUCUGACUCUCCCAGUACCAGAACCCUUCCCCCAUCUCCCCAUGACCGACAUCCACAACGCCCUUCCUUACCCCUACGCCGACCCCUUCCCCGGAAACCGGCUCCCUCCCAUCCCUGUCUUCGACGAUGCAGGACGACCCAUCUCGCGGCCCAGCAGCCCACCAUACGAUCCGGAACGGGCAGCUCGAGAACACGAGAUCCAUCAUUCGACGCCCGUGUCGUCAUCACCAGAAGCUGCAGCCCAUCCACCCCCUUCGCUGAUCAACGGCUGGCCGCUGGAUGGCGUCCGCGUUUCGGAACAAGUCUGGCCCCCUCUCCGUGAUCCUUCACCCUCUCCCCCUCCCCUCGUUCUUCCGCCUCCUGCCACUGACACACGACUUUGCUGGGAAUGCGAUCGCCCGGGACACCUCAUCGCCAAUUGUCCCAUCACCCGCAUCCGCCGCCGCACCGACCUCACUGCCCGAAACUUCAUACGGGACUACGAAGCGUACGGCGAAGUAGUCGAACUCCUCUCGACGCAGCUGGAGCAUGUGGCGGAGAACUAUGGGUAUUACUGGCACAUCCGGGACCGGAUGAUCGACGACACUAGAUGGGAAGGACACCUGACACGUCACGCCCCCGUCAUGGAUCCCCACACUUUCAUGGCUCCUCCCAUCCGAGACCCUGAUGUCGUCACGAGCCAACGACGAGUGUAA